AUGGUGAGGAACGUUGAUGACUUCGAUUUCUCCCUCCCAUCCCACCCCCAGGCCAUCCUGGAAGGCCUGCGGAGCCUGCGCUCCAAUCCGAAGCUCUCCGACGUCACGCUGCUUGUGGGUGGGCAUGAGUUCCCCUGCCACCGCAGCAUCCUGGCCCUCUGCAGCCACUACUUCAAUGCCAUGUUCACUGGCGACUUUAUUGAGAGCAUCUCAGCCCACGUGGAGAUCAAAGAGGUGGAUCCUGUUGUCAUGGAGACUCUGAUCGACUUUGCUUACACAGGAAAGAUCACCAUCAACCAGGGGAAUGUGGAGGCACUAAUCCGGACCUCCAACCAGCUCCACUUCCCCACCAUCCAGAAAGUCUGCAGCCGAUACCUGAGACAGCAGAUGGAUGCAACCAACUGCCUGGGCAUCUGUGAGUUUGGGGAGAACCAUGGCUGCCCGGAGGUGUCCUCAAAGGCCUGGGCUUUCCUGCAGGAGAACUUUGAGGCUGUAUCGCACCAGGAGGAGUUUCUCCAGCUAUCCAAGGAGAGGCUAGUAGUCUACUUGUCCGAUGACCUGCUGCAGGUACAGGAAGAACAGAGCCUAGCUGAGGCUGUGCUUAGGUGGGUGAGGUACGAAGAAGCAUCUAGAGCCAAGCACCUGCCAGAGCUCCUAGACCUGGUGCACCUGGUUUCACUACCAGACCAGUACCUGCAGAACCUACUCUCAUUGGAGCCACUGAUCCAGGAUUCGGAAGCUUGCAAAGCCAUCAUCUCCAGCUACCGAAGCACGGAGGAAGCUGCAUUGAAGAUGAAAGGAACAUGUCUGAACAUGCAGGAUCUUCAGGUGGAAAACAGGUCCUUUGUCCAGAAGAGCCUGCUCGCCCUUCCACAGAAGCUGGAGGAAGUGCUGGUGGUGGUCGCGGGUCGAGCUCUGGAAGAGAACGAGGCAGAAGAUGUGGAGUUGCCAGUCUCCCGGAACUUCGCCUUUUACAAUCCCAAGACCAAAAGAUGGAUGGCUCUUCCUGACUUUCCGGACUACAAUAAAUGGGGCUUUUCUCUGGUGGCACUAAAUAAUUAUGUUUAUGUCACAGGUGGCUCCAGGGGGACGCAGAAUGACACCUGGUCCACAACCCAGUCCUGGUGCUUCCGUCUCAAGGAGGGUGCAUGGAAACCCAUUGCACCAAUGCUGAAACCCCGAACAAACCAUGCCAGUGCUGUCCUCAAUGGAGAGAUCUAUGCCAUUGGGGGGACCACAGUGGACACAGUGGAGGUGGAGUGCUAUGACCCUUACAAUAAUAGCUGGUGCUCCAUCAGCCCUGCCCUGAAGUAUGUUAGCAACUUCACUGCAACUGGAUGUCUGGGCAAGCUCUACCUCAUUGGCUCUUGUGCUGUCAAGUACAACGCACUAACCCUGCAGUGUUACAACCCCGUCAUAGAUGUGUGGAGUGUAAUCGCAUCCCCGUUCAUCCCAAAGUACCUCUCUGCCCCGCGCUGCGCCUCCCUGCAUGGAGCAAUUUACCUCAUUGGGGACAACACAAAGAAGGUGUAUGUGUAUGAUCCGAAUGCUAACAUCUGGCAGAAGGUGCAGCUGCUUCACACUCUGCAUGAAAACGGAGGCAUGGUGCCACUGGGAGGCAAACUCUUUGUGACAGGUGGACGCUGGAAGGGCCUGGAUGGUGACUACCGGGUGGAGAUGGAAGUUUAUGAUUGUGCCAAAGAUAUUUGGACAAGGGAGGGAGCCCUGCCCUGCCUUUGGCUCUACCACAGCUCUUCCUCCAUCUUCAUGGAUACGUCAAAGUGGACAGAGCCCUUCCUGGGAAACCAUGUCCAGUAG